UUAACCUUAGGGUGCUCUGGUUACCCUUAAUUCUUCAUACAGAUUUCGUAGGCACAAACUGUCCUAGGAAGGAAGGUGGAAUGCAGAUGGAAUGAAGAAAGCUGGAUCUCCAGUGACAGAUCUGCAGCUGCAUGUGCAUCACAUUCAGCACAACUUAAAAGGGCAGCAGCUGGCAAGAAAUUACUUUAUAUUACAUUUACUAUUUUCUUCUUUAUUAGGCAACAAGGACAAAUCCCAGGCCCUUUGUAAGUAACUGUGAUCUUAGGAUGGUCCUAACUCGCCUACCUGCACUAGCAAAAGCAUGACUAGUGCCAUAUCUGCAUGCCUGAAAUAUCUUGCAGUGCUCUUUGCAGCAGGGCAAACAGGAUCAGCAAAAUGCAGCAUGCAGCUAACAGCAUCCACUGUGGAAAGAAGUCAGGAGAAGACAAAAUGAAGCCAGGUGCCUAUAUUUACAUUAUUUGGCUCAAGUGUGGAUAGAUCUUUACAGUAUUGGUAUGCUGAUUUAUAUGGGCAGUACACACAUCUGAUCACUCACUAGCACCAUAGAUUAAACCUGUUCUGAAGUUUAAGUGUGAAUAUCCCACCACUGUUGUGAAGUAUGGUAAAAUAUGCAUCUUGUUCUUUCACAAAGAGUGAGAAAACUAUGGAAAAUUAAGAGCUUUUGGACAUAUGUGAGUGAAGGAUGAAGGAAACUUAAGCAGAAAAAUUAAAAUUUGCAGUUAGCAGACAAAAUGAGACACAAAAAACAAAACAAAACAACAACAACAAAAACCAUUGCCCCAACAGUAAGACUUUUACUGCUUCCUUCCAUUUUUUAGCACACUUUUUUUUAGCACACUCAGGAGAAAAAACAUCACCGACAGCCACCAAAAUUUCUCUUAUUGGUCAGCAAUUUAAUUUGUUCAUAGUGUAAAUGAAGUGGGCACCAAGGUAAAAAGGAUGAGCUGUUAAAUCCAUGGAGAAUAAUAGGACAGUCUAAACAGCUGAUGUGGACGGACACUGAUAAACAUGGACCAAGUCAGCAAAAGGUGAGCACAAUGUGUUGAAGAACAGGUAAGGCCUUGUGAAUUGAGGCAGAUGCAGCUUUUCAUGGCUGCUUCCAGACACAGCUGUUCAAGACUGAAGCUGCAGUUCUGUGCUCCAACACUGCUGUAAUUUAUAACUGGACAUUAAUAGCUCCACCAAACUGCCACGCAUGUGGGGAUGGAACCAGAUGCAAACAGGAGGUGACUACACUUCAAAUUCUUGAUGAUCCAUCCCAGCUGAAUUAAGCUUGAGGGACUUUUAAACUCAAAAUAUGAAUUACUACCAGAGUUAUCCUUUUCCUUAUUUGCCCUGGGCAUCUCUCUGGUUCAGGCUGCAUCUAUGGAUCUAAGUCAUACAGUAAUCAAGACUGGAAAUUUGCUUAUUAGCUUCAUCUCUGUGAGGAGGGUUCAGUCUUCUCACCAGUCACAAAGAGAAUGAUGUUGGUAGAUGAUGCCAUGGAAGGUAGGAGUUAGGGGCUUUAAACUACCUGGAUUUGAAAUUAAAAUAUACCGUAAGGUAGCUCCUAACAUGCUUGUUGAUGUAUUUCAAUCCUAUGCCCUACCUUGGUGACCUUGUGCUUACAAUCAGACAUUAUCUACGUCAUGUGCUAUUCAGUAGUCCUGUGGCACUGCAGCCCAGUUUAGGUAAACUCAAAGCUUUUUGCUAUUUUGCAGUUUCCCCCCAGUUUUUCCAAGGACUUUUAAAUAAUGAUUUCAAUUGUGUUGCAGAAAUAAAAGCUGGAAAACAGUAGCAUGUGACAUACAAGAGAAACUGUGCUCCUGUGUUUAUACAUAACCCAUUUGCCUCUCCUAAAUGCUUCACCUGAAGGGUUUUGACAGGGGAAAAGUUACAUCAGCUGAAAAGUUACAUCCAAGAAAUUUCUGGGCACUUUUUGUUAAAAUUUUGUUGCCUCUCAUAACGUCACUGAAGUGAGGGCUGGCAAGAAACUCAGUGAGACCAACAGCCCAGCUGGUCUAUGCUGCCUCAAGCAACAGCAAAGGGAUGGUGGUGAGGGAGCAAAGCCACGUCUGGCAGUCUUUCCAUCCUCCCUGCUCUGGCCCAAAACCACUUUUUGGCUGUGGAUGCCAGUUCCUUGGCAGAGGAGCAGCACUUUGCUCUUGGUAGAAUGAACACUAUGACCAUGACUACGGACAAGUGGAAUUUCCCUAUGCAGAAACACAGGAGAUCAAGCACUACCAUGCUCUAACCAGAGUCACCAAGCAUUCUCGUUUGUCUCCAAACAGAUCCUCUUUCUGUUUGGAUACUACUGUCUCCCCAGCUGCACUCCCGACUCAGCGGCAAAAGCAAUGCUCCGCAGGCGUCCUGGCCAUCUCCACAGCCCGCAGCUCUCAUCCUCCUACCUACAGCCCCGCCAAGAUGGCGGUCGCCACUCUUCCCUCAGCGCUGCCGCCCGAGCGCGUGCGCGAGGAAGGAGCGGAGGAGAACUGGAGGCCGCGAGCUUCGCCAUGCUUUGGAGGGGGAGGCGCACACACGUGAGCUUUUGGACCACCCGGCAGCUUCCGAGCAGCCGCCGUGUCGCCUUGCCGCAUUGGCUGAUUUGUGAACCUUUCACCUUUCAUCUGGGUCUCGCAGCCAAUCGCUCGGUUCCUUUCAUGCCGCGGGGACGCGGAGCGUAAGCUGCGCAGGGUGGAAUUCUCAGAGCGGUCUUGCGUCGCAGGCGCUGGGCGGCCUCCGUUGGUUACCUAGGGUGAAACAAAAUUACAGGCUUGGAAACUCUGGAAAAACUCAGCAUCAGUAUUUGAGAGCCGAAGCUUGCAAAUCAUGUGAUUAACCUACAAGCUGAUAUCAUGAUGUCAAAAUGCAGUUUGGAAAGCAUAAGCACAGAGGCUGCAGAGAUUAAAACGUAGGCUGUGCUGGAACAAAAAUGCGAUGACAGAAACACUGGAUGAAUGAAUGAAAAGCCCUGCUUUGCAAUCCCUCAGCAUGGCGGGACUGCAGCUCAUGACCCCUGCUUCCUCCCCAAUGGGUCCAUUUUUUGGACUACCAUGGCAACAAGAAGCAAUUCAUGAUAACAUUUACACGCCAAGAAAAUAUCAGGUUGAACUGCUUGAAGCAGCUUUGGAUCAUAAUACAAUAGUCUGUUUAAACACUGGCUCAGGGAAGACUUUUAUUGCAGUACUACUCACUAAAGAGCUGUCCUAUCAGAUCAGGGGGGAUUUCAACAAAAAUGGAAAAAGAACUGUGUUCUUGGUCAACUCAGCAAAUCAAGUUGCUCAGCAAGUAUCAGCUGUCAGGACACAUUCAGAUCUUAAAGUGGGAGAGUAUUCAAGUUUAGAGGUGACUGAAUCAUGGACAAAAGAGAAAUGGAGUCAGGAAUUCUCUAAGCAUCAGGUUCUGGUUAUGACAUGUCAUGUUGCUUUGACUGUUUUGAGAAAUGAAUAUUUAUCCCUGUCAAAUAUUAAUCUACUGGUGUUUGAUGAGUGCCAUCUUGCAAUCCAGGACCAUCCGUACCGUGAAAUUAUGAAGAUCUGUGAGGAUUACCCAUCUUGCCCUCGAAUCUUGGGAUUAACUGCUUCCAUUUUAAAUGGGAAGUGUGAUCCUGCUGAGCUAGAAGAGAAGAUAAAGAAACUGGAGAAAAUACUAAAGAGCAAUGCUGAAACUGCAACUGAUUUGGUGGUCUUAGAUAGAUAUACUUCUCAGCCAUGUGAGAUUGUUGUAGACUGUGGACCAUAUACUGACAAAAGUGGAUUGUAUGGAAGACUAUUAAGGGAGUUGGAUGAAGCACUUCAUUUUCUAAAUGACUGCAACAUAUCUGUACAUUCAAAGGAAAGAGAUUCUACGUUAAUUUCUAAACAGAUAUUGUCAGACUGUCGAGCUGUGUUGGUUGUUCUGGGACCCUGGUGUGCAGAUAAGGUAGCUGGGAUGAUGGUGAGAGAGCUACAGAAGUAUAUCAAACAUGAGCAAGAGGAGCUGCACAGGAAAUUUUUAUUGUUUACAGACACUUUCUUAAGGAAAAUACAUGCACUCUGUGAAGAGCAUUUCUCACCUGCCUCACUUGACCUGAAAUUUGUAACUCCAAAAGUAAUAAAGCUGCUUGAAAUUUUGCGCAAAUACAAACCAUAUGAACGGCAGCAGUUUGAAAGUGUUGAAUGGUAUAACAACAGAAAUCAGGAUAAUUACGUAUCGUGGAGUGAUUCUGAAGAUGAUGAUGAGGAUGAAGAAAUUGAGGAGAAAGAGAAGCCAGAGACUAAUUUCCCAUCUCCUUUUACGAAUAUUUUAUGUGGAAUUAUUUUUGUGGAAAGAAGAUACACAGCAGUUGUUCUAAAUAGGUUGAUAAAAGAAGCUGGCAAACAAGAUCCAGAACUGGCUUACAUCAGUAGCAAUUUCAUAACUGGACAUGGCAUUGGCAAGAAUCAGCCUCGUAACAAGCAGAUGGAAGUAGAAUUCAGAAAACAGGAAGAGGUUCUUAGAAAAUUUCGAGCACAUGAGACCAAUCUUCUUAUUGCUACCAGUAUUGUAGAAGAGGGUGUUGACAUACCAAAAUGCAAUUUGGUGGUGCGUUUUGAUUUGCCCACAGAAUACCGUUCCUAUGUGCAGUCAAAAGGAAGAGCCAGAGCACCGAUUUCCAAUUACAUAAUGUUAGCAGAUACAGACAAAAUUAAAAGUUUUGAAGAAGAUCUUAAGACGUAUAAAGCAAUUGAGAAGAUCCUGAGAAAUAAAUGCUCAAAAUCUGUUGAUACCAGCGAAACGGAAACUGAACCCAUUGUUGAUGAUGAUGAUGUGUUUCCACCCUAUGUGCUGAGGACAGAUGAGAACAGUCCAAGAGUUACUAUCAACACAGCUAUUGGACACAUAAAUAGGUACUGUGCUAGAUUACCAAGUGAUCCAUUUACACACCUAGCUCCAAAGUGUAAAACCAGAGAACUACCUGAUCAUACAUUCUACUCUACUCUCUACCUGCCAAUCAACUCACCUCUUCGAGCGUCAAUUGUUGGUCCUCCAAUGAGUUGUGCAAGAUUGGCUGAGAGAGUUGUAGCUCUUAUUUGCUGUGAAAAACUGCACAAAAUUGGUGAACUGGAUGAUCAUUUGAUGCCAGUUGGAAAAGAAACGGUUAAAUAUGAGGAAGAGCUUGAUUUACAUGAUGAAGAAGAAACCAGUGUGCCAGGAAGACCAGGCUCUACAAAAAGACGACAGUGCUACCCUAAAGCUAUUCCAGAAUGUUUGAGGGAUAGUUAUCCCAAACCUGAUCAGCCCUGUUACCUGUAUGUAAUAGGAAUGGUGUUAACUACUCCAUUGCCUGAUGAGCUCAACUUUAGGAGACGAAAGCUAUAUCCUCCUGAGGAUACAACGAGAUGUUUUGGCAUAUUGACAGCCAAACCUAUACCUCAGAUUCCUCACUUUCCUGUGUAUACUCGCUCUGGAGAGGUUACAAUAUCUAUUGAACUUAAGAAAUCUGGUUUUACUCUGUCUUUGCAAAUGCUUGAGCUGAUAACACGACUCCACCAGUACAUUUUCUCACAUAUUCUUCGUCUUGAGAAACCUGCACUAGAGUUCAAACCCACAGAAGCUGAUUCAGCCUACUGUGUUCUACCUCUUAAUGUUGUUGAUGACUCCAGCACUUUGGACAUUGACUUUAAGUUUAUGGAAGAUAUUGAGAAGUCUGAAGCGCGUACAGGCAUUCCCAGUACACAGUAUACAAAAGAAAUGCCUUUUAUUUUCAAGUUAGAAGACUACCAGGAUGCAGUUAUCAUUCCACGGUAUCGAAAUUUUGAUCAGCCUCAUCGAUUCUAUGUAGCUGACGUAUACACUGAUCUUACUCCACUCAGUAAAUUCCCUUCCCCUGAAUAUGAAACUUUUGCUGAAUAUUAUAAAACAAAAUAUAAUCUUGAUCUGACCAAUCUCAACCAGCCACUGCUGGAUGUGGACCACACAUCUUCAAGACUUAAUCUUUUGACUCCUCGCCAUUUAAAUCAGAAGGGGAAAGCACUUCCACUAAGCAGUGCUGAGAAGAGGAAAGCAAAAUGGGAAAGUCUGCAGAAUAAGCAGAUACUGGUUCCUGAGCUAUGUGCUAUACAUCCUAUUCCAGCAUCUUUGUGGAGAAAAGCAGUUUGCCUCCCCAGCAUACUUUAUCGCCUGCACUGCCUUUUGACAGCAGAGGAACUAAGAGCUCAAACAGCCACUGAUGCUGGUGUAGGGGUUAAAUCACUACCUGCAGAUUUCAGAUAUCCUAACCUGGACUUCGGAUGGAAAAAAUCUAUUGACAGCAAAUCUUUCAUCUCCAUACCUAGCUCCUCUUUGGUAGAGAAUGAAAAUUACUGUAAGCACAGCACAAUUGUAGUCCCUGAAAAUGCUGCACAUCAAGGUGCUAAUAGAACCUCUUCUGCAGAAAAACAUGACCAAAUGUCUGUGAGUUACAGAACACUGCUUGAUGAGUCACCCAGUAAACUCCAAAUUGAUGUCUCAGCAGAACUUGCAGCAAUUAAUGGUGUUUCUUAUAAUAAAAAUCUUGCCAAUGGCAAUUGUGAUUUAGUUAACAGAGACUUUUGCCAAGGAAAUCAGCUGAAUUACUGCAGGCAGGAAAUACCUGUACAACCAACUACCUCAUAUCCCAUUCAGAAUUUAUACAGCAGUGAGAACCAGCCCAAGCCCAGCAAUGAAUGUACUCUACUGAGUAAUAAAUACCUUGAUGGAAAUGCUAACAGAUCUACCUCAGAUGGAUGCCCCAAAAUGACAGUGACCACCAGUACUUCAACAGCUCUUAAUCUUUCAAAAGACAAAAUGGAUUCUGAAAAGAACACUUCCAGUGGGUACUCCUCAAAAACUCUCGGUCCUAAUCCUGGUCUCAUUCUUCAGGCUUUGACUCUUUCAAAUGCUAGUGAUGGAUUUAAUCUGGAGCGGCUAGAAAUGCUUGGUGAUUCAUUUUUAAAGCAUGCCAUCACUACGUACUUGUUUUGCACUUAUCCUGAUGCACACGAGGGACGGCUGUCGUACAUGAGAAGUAAAAAAGUCAGCAACUGUAACUUGUAUCGCCUUGGAAAAAAGAAAGGACUGCCUAGUCGAAUGGUGGUAUCGAUUUUUGAUCCCCCUGUCAAUUGGCUUCCUCCUGGUUACAUAGUAAACCAGGACAAGAGCAACACUGAUAAAUGGGAGAAAGAUGAAACGACAAAGGAGAAUUUGUUGGCUAAUGGUAAACUUGACUAUGAUGAUGAUGAUGAAGAGGAUGAAGACCUGAUGUGGAGAUUGCCCAAGGAAGAAACAGACUUUGAAGAUGAUUUUUUGGAGUAUGAUCAAGAGCAUAUCAAAUUUAUAGAUAGUAUGUUAAUGGGAUCGGGGGCUUUUGUGAAGAAAAUUUCUCUCUCUCACUUUUCAACCACUGAUUCAAAUUAUGAAUGGAAGGCACCCAAAAAGUCAUCCCUGGGUAACGUUCCGUUUUCUUCAGAUUUUGAUGAUUUUGACUAUAGUUCUUGGGAUGCUAUGUGUUAUCUGGAUCCUAGCAAGGCUGUUGAAGAGGAUGAUUUUGUAGUUGGCUUCUGGAAUCCAUCAGAAGAAAACUGUGGUGUCGAUGCAGGAAAACAGUCUAUCUCCUAUGAUUUGCAUACAGAGCAGUGUAUUGCUGACAAAAGCAUUGCAGACUGUGUGGAAGCCCUGUUGGGCUGCUAUCUAACCAGCUGUGGUGAAAGAGCUGCUCAGCUUUUCCUGUGUUCACUGGGGCUGAAGGUGCUCCCUGUAAUUAAAAAGACUGAUUGGGAAAGCACUCUGUGUGCGACCAGAGAGAACUGUAACAGUGAGCAGAAGAAUCUUUCACCAAACUCUGUUUCUGCUUGUAUAGUUAAUUCAGAGCCUUCUCUUUAUAAAGACCUGGAGUAUGGUUGUUUGAAGAUCCCACCAAGGUGUAUGUUUGAUCACCCAGAUGCUGAAAAAACCCUGAAUCACCUUAUUUCUGGUUUUGAAAACUUUGAGAAGAAAAUUAAUUACAGUUUUAAGAACAAGGCGUAUCUUCUUCAGGCAUUUACUCAUGCCUCAUACCAUUAUAAUACCAUUACUGAUUGUUACCAGCGCUUAGAAUUCCUGGGAGAUGCAAUUUUGGACUACCUCAUAACCAAGCACCUUUAUGAAGACCCACGGCAACACUCACCAGGAGUUCUUACUGACCUGCGAUCUGCUCUAGUCAAUAAUACCAUUUUUGCAUCGCUAGCUGUAAAGUAUGACUACCACAAGUACUUCAAAGCUGUCUCUCCUGAGCUGUUUCAUGUUAUUGAUGACUUUGUGCAGUUUCAAAUGGAAAAGAAUGAAAUGCAAGGAAUGGAUUCAGAGCUCAGAAGAUCUGAAGAAGAUGAAGAAAAGGAGGAAGACAUUGAAGUACCAAAGGCCAUGGGGGAUAUAUUUGAGUCCCUUGCUGGUGCCAUUUAUAUGGAUAGUGGAAUGUCUUUGGAAAUGGUUUGGCAAGUGUACUAUCCAAUGAUGAGGCCAUUAAUAGAAAAAUUUUCUGCUAAUGUGCCCCGUUCCCCAGUGCGAGAGCUGCUUGAGAUGGAGCCGGAGACGGCCAAAUUUAGUCCUGCAGAAAGAACUUACGAUGGAAAGGUCAGAGUAACUGUGGAAGUUGUAGGAAAGGGAAAGUUUAAAGGUGUUGGCAGAAGCUACAGGAUUGCCAAAUCUGCAGCUGCAAGAAGAGCACUACGAAGCCUCAAAGCAAAUCAACCUCAGGUCCCAAACAGCUGAGACUCCUCUUAAAAUAAAUAAAAUGGGGAAAAAACACAUACAAAUAAAGCAAAUUUUUUAAAAUGUUGAUGUUGAGAGGAACAAAUUGGAAGACAGAAUUUAAAGUUUGUUUGAUAACAGAAUAGAUAACAAAACAUUUAACAUGUAUAAAAUUUUGGAACUAAUUGUAGUUAUAGUUUUUUGCGCAAACACAAUCUUGUCUUCUUUCCUCACUUCUGCUUUGUUUAAUCACAAGAGUGCUUUAAUGAUGACAUUUAGCAAGUGUUCAGAAUAAUUGUUGUCAGGUCUUUUUUGGUUUACUUUUAUUGUCAGUACAGCUUUGCUUAGUGUUAGAAGGCCAGGGAGCUUAUGCCUAAUGCAGUUGCUAGAUGUAUAUAUAGUAAUCUUGAAAUUCUUCAAUCUGUGCACUAGUGCCAGUCAUAAAGCAGUUGAUAAACUGUACUGGAUGAUUGGGUAUAAGAAAGAAUAAGUGUGCCAGUAUUCUCGUUUGUUGUUUUUUUCUCCUACAUGUCAUCUUUUUACAUUAAGAUGGCAUUCCCAAUCAUUAUUGCACUUAUUUGUUAGGGACAGAUUUUAAUUGAAAUGGCUGGCAUACUGGUAGAAUGAGACUUCAAUUUCCUUAUGCCACAUAGUCUCGCAUUAAAAAAAAAAAAAAAGAAAAAAAAAAAAAGGUUCUUGCCUUAAAAAUAAAUAAACCCUCAUUAAUAACCUUUAAUUUCUGAUCUUUUUUGGAACAAACUAUUUUACAUUCCCGUCAUUUUAUUAUGCAUUUUACAAUGAUACAGCUCUAUAUUUACAGUACAACUCAUUACUAUAGCUGUGAGUUAUUACAGGAUUAUAAUAGAAAUUGUAUUCAUAUAUAUGUAAUUAGGUUAUUUUUAACAAUUCUGAGGAGGUGGUUAGUCUACAGAUUUUUUUAUACCAUAAACAAAAUAUGGUCUUUGGCUAAAAUUCCAGUUUUACACAAACCUGCAAGCUAGAUAGUUCCAAUACUGGAAACAGUAAUGAAUAAUUGUACAGUGCAAGCUGUCAUUCUAACAAAAUAACUUUAGACAUAUCACACCUAAAAUAUGCUGCAGAUUUUAUAGUCAAUUGGUUACGUAUUUAACAAACAGAGCACCUUUACACUUAGAAAUAUUUCCACGUAAAUUUCUUACUGUACUUUUCAGAGUUGCAUGCAUAUUUCACCUACCAAAGCUGUGCUGUUAAAUAACAUGAAAGUUGAUGUUUGAGAUAACUGCCGUACUUUUGAUACAUCUGUGAUUUAGGUCCUUAAUUUAGAGAAACUAGCUCAUUGAUGUUUUGAUCUACUGGGGGAGGGGGGAAAAUCAUACAUUUAUUUUUUAGGCUUUGCCUAUACUUCUUUAAUUAGAUUUAUGUAGGCACUCUUCACUUAAAUACCUCAGUUCUUUUUUUCUUUUCUUUUUUUCUUCUUUUUUUGCAUGCAUUGUUUUUUCUGUUUUGGUGCUAUGUUUAUAUAUUAUGCUUGAAAAUUUAAUUUUUGCACUGUAACUAUAAUACCUCUUAAUUUACCUUUUUAAAAAGCUGUGGGUCUCGUAUUCCCACCAAUAUCAGUAGAGGUUUGCUGCAAUUUUGCCCUGUUAAUUAUGCUUGAAGUUUGAGAAAGCAGAGCAAGGUGUUUUAACAUUUUCCAGCACAAUAGUUUGAACUUGAUGCUGUGUCUUAUGUAUUAAAUUACAGAUAAAUACUGUAUUUCCUGCUUUUAAACCCUAUUCCUUUCCUCACAAAAUGCACACUAAAACAAAACAAAAGCUGUCAGCUCUUGCUUUCUUAACAACAAAAGAAAAAAGCCUUAGUGGCAAGGGGUAGGCAUUAAGCUUUUCUGAAAUACAGUUUUCAAAAGUUCAUGUAUUUUCUAUCUCAGUCAUUUUUUUUUUAAAUUCUGCAAGAAGGACUAUUCUUAUAUUUGAAAAGAACAUUGUUAUAGUAGGCAGAAUGAGAAUUAAAAUAGUAGCUUGCAAAACAGUUCUUGCAUUUCUUUGUUACUUCAGUAAUGAAAAUGUAACAUGAAAUUAUAAGACCCGCAAGUCUUGGUGUAUAUAUAAAAAAAAAUGUAAAUGAGAUGGAAAAGUCUAAAUUUUCAAAGGUAAAUUGCUUUGAGGUAGCCUUUUUAUAGAAGAAAAUGGAUUACCAAUUUAAGUUAUAGCUCUUCCUUUAGGCUAGGAGUAAAUUUUCAUAGAGAAAAUACAUGAUCAUGAAAGUUGGCAAUUCUGCAUUUCUCACCAGACAUCAAUCAUCAGAUUGAUCAGACCAUCUGUGAAGUGUUAAGUAGUUUUAACUGCGUUGCAAAAGAAUUAAGGUUAGUCUUUGAAUGCUUACGAUUUCUUACUGAUUGUUUCAAGGUUAUAGAUUCUCAGGGGUUUCAGGUGAUUGUUAGCAGUAAUGUGGUACAGAGUGUCUUUGCAAACAAACUGAACCAAGUUUGCUCUGUAUUUCAGAACAGUUUAAUGAUCACUUUGUUACUAGACAAAGCCUAUGAAUUGGAAAUCUGAAAUGUGUAGUGGCUGACUAUAAAGUAGUUUCUGCUGCUGAUGCGUUUUUAAAUGAGUUUUAAAUGCCGUAAUGUUUUCCAGUGUGACCUCAUUGAAAUAUUUUAUAUCCUUUGAGAUAGAAAAAUCAUAGUAGUUUCCAUGUUAUACAUCUGUGUGUUUUACCCUUCAGUUGAUAUGAUUUUGAUAUUGGACAGUAUAUGCUAUUAAAGACCUAAAUCUGAUCAUUUGAAGGUUGGGAUAGAGAUCACUUGACAUGCUGUAAGCACAAGUGUAUGCAGACUGUUGCAACCCAUCUUCAAAAGCAACCACACGGCCACACAGGCUCAUCUUAAAAAUAGUGUGGGGGUUAGUUGGCAUGAACCUUGUUUUUUUGUUUUGUUUUGUUUUUUUUUAUCUAAGUCCUGUUAUACUGUACUUUAAACAGUCCUCCUAACUAUGCUGCGUUUUUAUUUUUAUGGCUUUUUUUUUGCGCUGUUCUGUUCAUGUAGCACAAAUAAGCAUUGCACUUGGUACCAUGCUUUACCUCAUUUCAAGGAAAAAAUGCUUAACAGAGAGGAAAAAUGUGGUUUGGCCUUGCUGCUGUUCUGAUUUACUGAAUUUGAAAAAGAUAAUUAUAUGCCUGCAAUGUGUCAUUUACUUGCACAACUUAAAUAGGUCAUUUGCAAUGUCUGUGGCAUUUUUACUGUAUGUGGAUAAAUACGACAAAGGGGUGUGACAACUCUUGGUUGUAUUUUAAAGCUAUUGUUUUUUUUUUUACAUCAUUUUACUGUUAUGUGAAGUAAUUAAAAUUAGAAUGACCUCUGACACUCCAGUAAUUAUCUCUGAACAAACCAACAUAUUAUGCAUAUAGCGUAGUUUCUGCAAGAAGACAGUCCUUAGAAUUUGGUCAACCUCAACUAAAUCUCUGCUCUGUCUGAAUAUUGAGUGUCCAGUAGCGACUUCUGAGUGUUUGUUCAGCUUGAUGCUGCUAAAGUCCGUACAGAAAAAGCCUCUUAAUUUUUAGUCUCAUUAUAGAAUGUGUUGUGACUGCAGAGUACAGAACUUAGGGAAGAAUUCAGACUGGUUGCAGUGCUGGGGAGAAAUACAGUGUUGGCCCAGGGAUGAUGUACGAUAUAUAUAUAUAUAUAGCAGAGUUUGGAUUCUUCUCCUUGUAAGUAAAUACAGAACUAUAAACUGGAAAAUGGGGGGGGUUAUGUUACUGCAUAUGAGAUAACUAUGCUACAUGCAUUUAUCUGUAUAGAAAAUGAAAUCUUUGUAUCCCAGUCACAGCAGCAUCCAUAAUCUGAAAGUGACAAAUAGUGUUGAGAUCUGCUGUGAUGCUACACUUGCUUCUGUCUGACAGUAUUCUGGGUUUAUAUGCUUUAGGUGGGAUUCUCUGCAAAAACAUUCUUUUGAAAAUCUCUGUAUUUUUUUAUAUGAGUGAAGUGAAAAGGAUUUUGAUUUUUGGUACUUAAUUACUGACAUUGAUCCUUUUCCAAAUGCUCUGAUUUUCAAGAAGCUGAUUUCUUUACCUUCCUACUAGGUUUAAAACUAAAAACACUACAGUUUGUGACCAUGAAAUGUAAUCUAAAUAUCAACUGUAACUCAAUCUGAAUUAUGUUAGCAAAUAUCUAGAGGUCAUUGUAGUAUACUCCACUAGCAGUUAAAAUUCACUUUUAUCAAAGCUAACUACAUUUCUUAAAAAUAAAUUUUAUCCAAUAAACUCCUUGGGUUUUUUCCCUCUUUUAUUUGAAUGGCAACCACAGACUACUUUAAUUGCUUUGUAGAUGCACUCAGAAUAUACUGCAGCAGCAAGUUAGAGAGAAAAAUGUUUGUGGACAAUAAUUGGGAAUUGCAGGCGUUUUUAUUGUAAAUAGUUUGACUGAAAAGAUGGUUAAAAUCAAGUAGAAUGAAUAACAAAUAUAAUUUGAUGGACAAUAAAAUAUUUACCAUCACAUGCUGCAGCUGUCUUUAAGGGACAUAAAAUGUAAUUCAUUCAUACUGUAAUCUUGCUGCAGAAAUUUGCAAUCUGCACCUUAUGGAUCACAAUUACCUUUAAUAGUUUUUUGUAAUAAUUGUAGCUGAGUAUAUCUCCAAUAAAGUUAUGGUCUGUUCACCUUG